UGCUACAAUUAACAUUAUUACACCACCUUACAAACUCCCAAAACAUAAACAAUUGCCAAAAAGAAAAAAACCCAGAAAUAGCACGAGAGCAGGAGAGAGAACAACUCAGAUUUUUCUUCACAUACAGACACCACACUACAAUACUACUUACACCCAAAAAAGAGCAAAACAAAGAAUCUUACAAAAACCAUAAAAAAAGUUUUCACGAAUCCAAUGAAAACCAAACAAAACCUCUACCCAAGUGAAAUCCUGAAACAAGGUUUUUGAGUUUUUCUCUUUCUCUCUCCAAACAUGCCGUUAACUUCCACACUUUGAAGCUUUUUUUGUUUUCCAACAAUGGCGCAACAACCACCAAACCCUAAACCUCGUCGUUUAACUCCAUGUCACCGUCACCCAAACAUCUCUACAACAACCGGACUUUGCGCGCCAUGUCUUCGUGAACGACUCUCUCUCCUAAACCCUUCGACUACUUCCGGCGAAGCCUCGACUUCUACCGCCGGAGUUUUGCCGGAGCUCCGACGAUGCAAGACUUUUUCGGCGAAAAACUGCGACGUUGUUUUCGGAAUGGAACCUCGUCGGAGAUCUUGCGAUGUGCGUGGUCGUAAAUCUCUCUCCUCUUUGUUCGACAUUGACGAUGAUGUUGAGGAGGAGGAAGAUGAUGUCGUUUCGGUGGAAUCGAGGUUUUUGAGUAAAGGUACUUGUACUGUUGUUGAGGAGGAUGAGAUAACAAUAGAUGAAGGAUUUGAAGUUGAAGCUAGGGUUUCUAAUUUUGGAAAUGUGGAUGAGUUUGAUGAAGGUAAGACUAUGAAAGAGUUUAUAGAUCUUGAAUUUGAAGGUAAUGGUAAAAUUAGUGGUGGUAAUAAGAAGGAUUUUAAGGAAAUUGCUGGAAGUUUUUGGAUUGCUGCUUCUGUAUUUAGUAAGAAGUUUCAGAAAUGGGGGAAGAAGCAGAAGAGAGAGAAGUUUAGUGAAGGUAAUGGUGGUGGUGGUAGUUUGGGGGAGAUGAAGCUUGAGAAUUUGAGAGGAAGGAGGUUGAGGGAUACUCAGUCAGAGGUUGGUGAUUAUGGUUUCGGAAGGCGGUCGUGUGAUACGGAUCCUCGAGGUUCUAUUGAUUUAGGUAGAGCGUCAAUUGAUUGUGGUGGAUUUGGGAGAAAGUCUUGUGAUACGGAUCCGAGGUUUUCGAUUGAUUUAGGGAGGGCAUCGGUUGAUUGUGGUAGGAUAUCGGUUGAUGAGGCGAGGAGGAGCGAGUUUGAUGCUCCUAGGGCGUCUUGGGACGGGUAUCUUGUUGGUGGGAGGGCGGCAUUGCCUCGUGGGAAUGGCAAUGCUCCUAUGGUUUCUGUUAUAGAGAAUGCUAUGGCUACAGUUUAUGGAUUUGAUAACCGAGUUUUGAGUGAAGGGAAAAUGAAGGUGGAAAAUGGGAGUGAUAGAGAGCGGUGGAGAAACGGGUUUGAUCGAUCUAGUUCGGUUAAAAAUGAUAUGGGGGUGAUUGAGGAUGAUGGUGAAGCAAAAGGAUUGUCAAAUGCUAAGGUUUCUCCAGCUGCUAUUGGGAUUUUUAAUGGGACAAAGUUGCUUAUUACUGAGAAAGAGUUGAAUGAAUGGAGGUUGAAGUCGAAUUCCAAUGGAGAUGAUAGUUCAGAGAGUUUUGAGACGGCUUCUAAAGAUCUUGCUUCUGUGUCUAGCAGCAGCAAUGGAAAGGGUUUCAAGAAAUGUCGCCAAUGGAGCAAGUUGUGGAGUAUGUGGGGUUUGCUAAAUCGAAGAAAGGGGGAUAAAUUCGGGACUAGUGAAGAGCGCGAAAGAGAAAAUUUAGAGAGCCUUGAUGCUGAUUCUGUGGAUCACAGUGCAAGGAGACUUGCUCGAAGUCAUAGCACUUCAAGCUCUAGGGGGUCUUCUUCCACUAUAGUUGGAUCAGUUGGUGGAAUAGAUAGUAGGAAUGAAUCGAAGGCCAUUGUUAGGAGUAGGCAGGAAGCUGUUGUUUCACACAGGAAUCGGAGUGCUAGGUACUCGCCUAACCACGUUGAUAAUGGCUUGUUGCGAUUUUAUCUGACACCGUUGAGGAGCCGUAGGAGAUCAAAUAGGUUAGGAAAAAGUAGGUUGAAGAACUCAAAAUCCUUGGCUAAAAGCCUAAAACUGUAUUAAGGUUGUAGUAGUACUGAAACAAUAGAUCAGAGCAGUUCAUGUUGAUAUGAUUUUUCAGUUUCAGGGCCAUUUUGUAAAGACACUUUGUAACCUAUUUCAUGUUUUCUCCUUUGAUAGAUGCUACUAGUAGUAAUUUUACCUUGUAGAACACUUGGCUGAAUUUUCAAAUAACAUCAUCAAGAUCUCAAAUGUGCUUAAAA